UUUAAACGGAUGAAUCUUAUGCUGGACUUCUUUGGUUAGUAGAUAUGAAGUAGUCUAACUGGAUGCUUUUGGUUGGCAGAGUUUGGCUGUUUAGGCUCAAUACCCAUCUUCUGUAGGAGUAUGCCAUAAGUAGCUGCAUUAUUCAUCAGCACCGUGAAGGCCAAUGGAGGAGUACGAAAUUUCACUGGAGAAAGGGCAGCCUUACAUUUUCCGGGUAGGCUCUGGUCAGGUCAUAAAGGGGCUAGAUGAAGGGGUCCUCACCAUGAAAGCUGGGGGGAAACGUCGCCUCUACAUCCCCGGACCACUGGCAUUUCCGAAAGGAUUGACAUCAGCUCCGGGAAGGCCACGCAUACCUCCUAGCAGCCCAGUGAUCUUUGAUGUUAGUCUUGAGUACAUUCCGGGCAUUGAUGAGGAUGAGGAGUAAGGUUCAUCUUAUUCAUCAAAAUGUACCCUCCCAAUCUCCUUUGGUUUGUUUUUGUUUAGAAUUCAUUCAUGUAAAACAGGGAACAUUGUAAUCCGUACUUUUUAUUCACUAAGAUCGUUUAUUAAUUUCCGCAAUUGUGGAUUUAAACUUAACCACUCAUGAACUUGAUCAUCAAAUUAGUGAGUUGAACUUUCUGGUUCUACUGGAUUGAGUGAUACCCUACCAAAAAAAUUAGUCUGCGCAUUCUAAGGCAGGCUGAGCUUUGCUGGGGAAGGUUGAUCAAAGAGAUCUUCGCAAAACGAAGAUCGUGACAGGGAUCACAAUCACCCUAGAAUACCAUCGACAAUGUGAAGGUCGCCGAUUAAAACAUCCAGAAGGAGUACGCCCUCAACUCGGUCCUUCUCUGUGGCAACAAUAAGAAGCUCAAGAAGAAGACAUACAUCAAGCGGAAGAAGUUCAAGCACAAGAAGGUCAGGCUUGCCAUUUUUCUGUGUCCCACGGUUGAUGAAUCUUGAAGGAAUGCCCCAACGGUGGGUGUCGUGCUGGAACCUCAUGGCCAACUACUUUGGUUGGCAAUACUGUGUCAAGUGCGGUCUUAGCUAUGUCUACAACAUAGGUGGCAAUUAAUUUAAGCAUUUAUCUCUUCAUAAAUACUUUAAUUUUGU